GGUUUGCUACCUGACAUGCUUUUGCUUUUAUACAACAGCACGGAGGUUUGCGAUAAUUUGGCAAAUCGUUUUGCAUACUUAACGAAAUAUGAACGAAUAACGCCAAUAUACGUUUCAUUCAGUCAUUUUUGCAUGCAGUGGUGAUGACUAAGGACUAAGGAGUAGCAUUUUCAUGCGAUUACAGAGUAUGCGAUUACAUAUCAACAAACUUUGUACAUAACGUAUGUACAAAAGUAUGCAUAUCCCACAUAAAACUAUAUACCCUCAUAUGCAUAUACAUAUGUAUGUGCAUAUCUAUUUGGUAUGAAUCCUGCUAACAAUGCGAAAACUAAACGUUCACUGCAAAAUUAGAUUAUGCUGCAUUUGAGUAAUUUACGUUAGGAUGUACACAUAUUUAUAUGUAAGCUGUCUAUCCACAGUUUUAAUUUCCUCGAAGAAACCACUCUUCUCGGAAAUAAAAUGUACAAAACUUUAAGCGAUUUCUAAGUAACAUUCUAUAUUCUUGUAAUUUCUUUGAUUAAUGAAUACAUAUUCUCCUAGUUGUGCAUGAUUGAGAUAUUUAGCGUAUACCAAUUCGUUCAUAUUUAGAUAUAAUAUUGGCAGUAAAACAAUUGUUUAUACGAUUCGGGGUUAUAUCUUUAUGCAUAUAAGUUACACAAAAUUACAAUUGCACGUAAUACUCAUCCAGAUAUGCGAAAUGCGACAUCUAACCCAUGAUAACCCAACCUAACUAAAGGAUAUACGAACACAAUUAUAGAAUACAAGUAACGCAAUUCCCUGCAUAAGGAGAUUAAUGUUAAAAAACGCCAACUACAUAUACGUAACAUGCAAGUGUAAACAUAUACAAAAUGAUGGGCUGCAAAGCAGUUUAUGUUGUAUGUAGUUGCGUGUGUGUAUGGCCUUUGUCCUGGUCUGCUGUCAGACUGAUCCUGAUCCUAGUUUUUUGUAGUUUGAUUUUUAAAAAUUAAAUUAACUUUUUAAUUUCUAACCCUUUUUUUCAAAAAUUCGCAAAAUGAAUCAGGCUUUCGGUAUAGUACAGAAGCCAGUUGGCUUUUUUUGGGACAUUGAAAAUUGUCCUGUCCCAAAGGAUAAAUUGGCUUCGGGUGUGAUACACCACUUGAGAAAUUUCUUUGUCAUCGGACGACUAAAUUCCAGUGAGCGAGAUUUCCUAAUUGCUUGUGAUGUGAGUAGAAUGAAGAAAGGGUUGGACGAAGAUAUCAACCGGAGUGGCAAUGUGACACUCGCUCAUGUCAGUGGAACUAGCAAGAACGCUGCUGAUGAGAAAUUACGGGAAUCAAUGAAACGAUUUGUCGAUACGCAUGGAACUUUUUCCCCAAUGAUUGUUCUUAUUUCUGGGGAUAUUGAUUUUGUGAAUGACUUAAGAGCUUAUCAAACUCGUAUGGGAUGUCAUAUCGUUUUGAUUCAUGGGAACAUGUGCUCUCCUCAGUUUAAGCAAGGCUGGAAUGAGAUGUAUGCUUUCAAAGAUUUUUGCAAUGCCGUUCCAACCGUAACUGCACCAUCUGCAAGUGGUGGACCAGCCAUGGGUGGUAAAGGUCCCGCAAAAGCACCGUACAAUGGACCGCCUGCGAAGCCCCAAGAGAGAAAUGAAAGAGAUCCACAACAGCCUGGCAAGAAAUUUGAAAAUGGUCCAGCUAGAGGACAACAGAAUCCACAGAAAAAUAUGAAAAGCGGUAAUAGCGGCCCUGGACCUUCUCAACCUGCACAAAAACCAUCAUUUCCACAAAACAAACCUCCAGGAAAUGAAGCUUCUAGGAACAGGAAUCAAUCAGGUCAAUUCGCCGGUCAGUCGCAAGGUCAGAGGAAACCGGAGGACAGAUCACAGCAGCAGUAUCAGCAGCAGCAAAAACCCCAGAAGCCAGACGACAAACCUCAGGAGAAACCUCAGAAGAAGAGCAGUAUCAUCCUAAUGGUGUGUGGACUGCCUGGAAAAGUGGAUUAUAAAAUCCUAAAGGAAAAUUUACAAAAGGAAGCAACGACAGUGGGGGGCAAAGUAUGCUACGUCAACAAUGGACAGGGUUUCAUCGCUUUCAGGACCGAGGAACAGGCCGGUCGAGCAAUUAGUCUUUUUCAUGGAAAAGAAGUUUACGGAAAGACAUUGAGCGUGACAUUUGCUCCCGGCUGGGUCAGUCCCGUCGAAAAGAAACAGAAAGACCAAUCACAGCAGCAGCAACAACAGAAUCCGAAUAAACAAUCGGUCAGAGAAACUCCUUUCGUGAUGGUACCGCACCAACAGCAAAAUGGAGGAAAUCCUCAAAAUUUUCCUGGUUCUCGUUCUCCAGGCUUCGGUCCGUCCUCUUCAAACAGUAAUAUUUCAGCAGUUGAUAUGGCUGCCGCAAUUGUUGAACUUGCUCGAGCUAAUAUUUCCGGGGGAAAUCAGCAGCAAAAUCAACCCUCGGGCAAGGGAAAGGCUAAAAGUUCCAGCAAAGAGUCGGAAUGCUGUGUGCAAUAAAAUAAAACAAAUAGGCAGAUUUGGUGUCAAAUUGACACUGUCAAUUAAACUAAGCACGUACACACAGAUAUUUCUGAGCCCCGAUAAACUUUGUAUUACGCAGUGAGGUUAUCGAAAUGCAAAUUUUAUUGAGGGUUCGCCUUAUGCAAUGUGAUACAAAUGUAUGUACACAUUGCAUCUGCAUUUAUUUAUUUAAGGUUUCUACAAAAUGUGUCAAUUAUAUAAUGCACACUGUAUGAAGUACAAUAAUUAAUGUAUUUGUUAAUUUUGCCGACUUAUGAAAAUUUCCCCUUAAUAGAUCUUUAUGAUAAGCUAAAAGUUUAUCAUAAUGUUUCAUACCAUGAAAUGAGUUUAUUAAGGUAAUAUAAUGUCAAAAGCUAAAAUAUUUACUUUUGACUUAUGAGGAAGAGUUUUCGUUGUCACUGCAAAUAUUUUGAAUUCCUGCAGUAUUUUUGUUUAAUUAAAAUGCCUAGUUGACAUUAUUUAUCCGAAUGGUUUUUAAUAUUAAAUUUCUAAUACUAUUACUAAAGUAUCUUGAUUACUAUUAUUCUCAAUCUGCCAACUGUGUAGUAACUUUUGGAUAAAUAUGUACUUUUUACUCACUAAUCCUUGAUGUUAAAUAUUCAUAAAUCUAAACAUACUUGCAAUUCUUUUGUAGGUUACAUUAUUCCCUUUAUCACCACUGUUAUAGCACAAAACCUUUUGUGGCGUUCUUUUAUUCUGAAAUAAAAAAGUUAUAAAGUUUA